UCUAGAAUUCACCGCUAAUGUCGAUUGUCGCUGCAGUCGGUAAAUGGACGUUUGAUGUGGUGUUUGUCAAGAUUGUGAUAUUGUGUGUUUACAGUGAUUUAUUUCCCGUUACUAUAAUCCAUAACGAAGUAAAAGCUUUUAAGGAGUAGAUGAAGGUGUCAGAAUGUCUCGCAACAAAGACAAGCAUGAGGGCGCGAGCGGGCGCACAUACCACAUCAUGUCGGAAGCGGAGAGAGCGUCUGGCCGCCGUGGGGGCUGGACCACGCUUGAGGUAACAGGAGGUGUUCGCGCCCUGGCGCCGCAGCUGUUCCAACUGACGCACCUGACUGCCCUGUAUUUGAACGACAACUCCUUGCAACGGAUCCCGUCGGAUAUCAGCCAGUUGGUCAAUCUGCACACACUUGACGUCUCCAACAACAAGUUGAGAUCGUUGCCAGCGGAACUCGGGGAUCUCAUUCAGCUCAGAGAAUUGCACCUGCACAACAACUAUCUAAGGGUUCUGCCGUACGAGCUCGGCAAACUGUUCCAUCUGCAGAUGCUCGGGCUACAGGGAAACCCGCUCAGUAAGGAGAUGCUGUCCAUAUACAAUGACAACAACGGCACCGCGAAACUGUUGACGUACAUGCUCGACAAUUUACAAGGUAAGCGAGCAAUCAAGCCACUCGUUACUGCCACUCUACCACCGCAGAGGCCUUGGAUACCCUUGACGCGACCAAACAGGAGUCGUCCGACAUGUAUCUUCACGGUAAUGUGCUACAAUGUACUCUGUGACAAAUAUGCAACUAGACAGAUGUACGGCUACUGUCCUAGUUGGGCUUUAGAAUGGGAUUACCGAAAGAAAGGUAUUUUGGACGAAAUAAGACAUUACUCCGCAGACAUCAUUAGCUUACAGGAGGUGGAGACAGACCAGUUCUACAAUUUCUUCCUGCCAGAAUUAAAACAGGACGGUUACGAUGGCAUCUUUUCACCCAAGUCUCGUGCAAAGACCAUGUCUGAGUCGGAAAGGAAGUAUGUCGAUGGAUGCGCUAUAUUCUUUAGAUCUGCCAAGUUUUCUUUAGUAAAAGAGCACCUAAUAGAGUUCAAUCAAUUAGCAAUGGCGAAUAGUGAAGGUUCAGACAAUAUGUUAAAUCGUGUUAUGCCGAAGGAUAAUAUAGGAUUAGCAGCGUUGAUAAAAACGAAAGAAGCGGCCUGGGAAAAUGGAAUACCAACAGAUUCAUCAAUGCUCGGUCAACCAAUUCUGGUGUGCACCGCGCACAUUCACUGGGAUCCGGAAUUUUGUGACGUGAAACUGAUCCAAACAAUGAUGCUUAGCAACGAGUUACGCACCAUACUGGACGACUCGGCGCGGACGCUACGCCUCGCUGGUCAGCGCGACAACGUGCAACUACUGCUUUGCGGUGACUUUAAUUCGCUCCCCGACAGUGGAGUAGUGGAGUUCCUGUCAUCAGGCCGCGUGCCGGCCGACCAUCGCGACUUCAAGGAACUCGGGUACGCGACCUCUCUGAGGCGCAUGCCCAGCUCCGAACGGGAGUUCACGCACAACUUCAAGCUUGCAUCAGCGUAUAGCGAAGAUAUCAUGCCCUACACUAACUAUACCUUCGAUUUCAAAGGUAUAAUCGACUACAUAUUCUAUAGCAAGCAGUCGAUGACGCCCCUCGGUCUCCUGGGGCCACUCUCGCAAGACUGGUUCAGGGAACACAAGGUCGUCGGCUGUCCACACCCUCACAUACCGUCAGAUCACUUCCCGCUACUGGUGGAGCUGGAGAUGUGCCCGAGCGCGAGCGGCAACUCCAACGGCCUCAUCGGACGCAGGUAGCACGCGUCGCCGCGCGCCGCCCGUCGUCGACACGCCCGCGACGCGAGGGACCCGCCCAACAAGUCCACCUAGCAGCUCCAACCACCCCGCGAUACUCGACGUCCGAUGCGAACGAAGCCCCCUCCACACGAGCGACGCUUUACCACCACUACAGUCAGCGGCAAGUAACGUUGACAAUCUCUCGUAUUAAAUACAUUUAUAUUCGUAAAAUUGACACUGCACAAAACUAUAAAUUGUGCCCGAGUUAUUUGUCGCACGAUUAGAAAGAGAUAGAACAUUAUUAUUUUUAGUUUGAGUUAUCUCUUUCUAAUCGCACGCACGUGGUAAAGUAACGUAUCUGUGGCGUCGGCUCGAGAGAUAAGCAUCUAUGUGGCUAAUUUUAUCGAGAAGGUAUUUAUAGAAACGAUUAGGAAAUUGUAUUUUGUAACGUGUCAAUUUGUAACAAUUUCAUAAUCGCUUCAUAGACCCAUAUGUGCCUAUCUUAAUGCCGUAGAGGACUUGCCGAACCGUUAUAUAUGUUGAACGUGUAUAGAUUUAUAAACGUGACUGUAUAUAGGUAUGUUCGAUAUAGAAAGUCGUUAGUGGGUUUUGUACCUAAACGGGAGGAAUGCGUUAGUACUCUGCCCUUAAUCGUCUCUUUGUAUAUUUUUACAUGAAAUCUAAUUUUAUCAGUAUUCCAAAUCGUAUAACGCAUUCCUCCCGUGUGUAUGUUCGUGUGUAACUCUAAUAUUGUACAAUUUGUAUGUGCUAAUGCUGAUAUACAUACCGAGCGUUUACUUUUCACUGGACCGUUGGUACGUUAGUACUGUUCUUAGGCCGUUAACAUGACAUGCAAGUAGUUUAGUGUCGACUUUUGUUUGCUCAAUUGUUAUAUAUGAAUUUGACACGAAGUAGUGUAAGCUUCGAACAAAGGAACAACAUGGUUAUUUACAUUUGUAUUAGUUUAUUGAAAUAGCUUUCCAGUGAUAAGGAAACACUAAUUGAGAUGUUUACAAACAAAUCAUGUAGGAAUCAAAGUAGAAUGUUUUAAUGUUAUUUUCUCUGUCUGUAUUAGUCCAGCUUGUGCAAUCGCAUUUCCCCUACACAUUUCAUAAUGGUUUCUCAUAAGAAUCCGAAUAUGUAAGUAUGUAGAUGUAAUUGAAAUUGGUUCAAUAAAUAAAAAAAAAAAAACGAGUGGAACCCAUUCGGAAUUACGCUUAUUGUGUCAAUAAAAUGAUAUUUAAAAACGAUAAAGAUGAAAUAUUUUUCCAAUCUAGUUGGUCGGCAGAUUUACGCUUAGUUUCCAUUGACUGUACAGUAGAGGAAUGUAUGGUAAGUGUGAGAAAUUAAUGUUAGUUGAUUACGAAUCUCAAUUCCAAACGUAGAUGGCGUUACGGUAUUCGAAUGAUUUGUCUAAGAAGCUUAGAGUCAAAUAGAGAUUGCAACGUGGAUACAAAAUUUGAAAUCACAUCAAAUUUCUCUAUUUCAGUAUCAUCAGUUCGGCUCUAGCAAAAUCUAUCAAUAUAUACAUUUUCGUCACUACGCGCAUGGGAAAGAACAAGCCAAAUAUCACUGUCUCGUUCUAUCUCAUACAUACGAUAGAGAGAACACAUCUGUCGAUAGUUAUGUUGCCACAUAUCUAAGAUAACAGGAUGAAGGAUAAUCGACAUAGUAGAAGUAAUUGAUAUCUCUCAAUUCUAUUUACGUCGGUUAAAAUAUAAGUGAGAUGCAAGACACCUAAAGAUCAUACGAGUUAAAAAUUUAUAUGUUCAGUUUUGUGUUAACGGCGCAAUCUCAAAUUUAUUACGGGCUUCUUGGAAUCCCGCGCCAUCUUCAUUUAGAAUUGACUUUACGCAAUCCGCUAAUGACUUUUAUAUAUUCAUCAGUAAGUAUUGAGAGGAAUGAUAAUAUGACGUCCUUGUGUGGGAGUGUGUCAAACGUCCAUUUACCAAUUAGGGUUUUAAAUUCCUCCACUGUAUAUUGUUUAGACGAUAUUUUAUUGGAAGUAUAAUGCAAUAUGUGGAUGUCGUGGUGCGAGCAAUCGGGAAACCUGUCUUAUUUGCGGACUACGGGCGUUGUAUACUCUUAUCCAUACCUUUUUUCUUUAUUUAAAAUUUGAGUAUAAUAUAUAUAUAUAUAAUAAAAUACCUAGUUACUAGACUACCUACAAGAUACUUGCCAGUAGUUUAAAUAUAUUUUUUUCUUCAGAGUUUAGAAUAAUUAUCAUCACAAUUUUCUGUCUUUUUCUCCUCUUAAGAUAAAAUUAUCACUAUCAAAUAUGGGCUGUACUAAACAUUUUAAGAACAGGUGGCAGCACAUUCGUUCACCGUGAUGCCCGUCUCCACACACAUUUAAUACUAAAAUUUAUUGUCAGCAUACAACUUCGGCAGUGAACGUGCAAUUCGCUCGUAAACCGUAAGCGUAGAUAGUUUCCCCCUUGCUCGACCGCAUUUUUUGUAGUACGGUGUGAUCAGUGAGACUAGAAUAGAUGGCGCUCUUGUAACAUUUGACUUUGUAUCUCUGUUGUAUUUUACUUUUUGACGUCAGUGUCUCAGCUAUUAUUAUAUAUACAAUAUUAUGAAUACGUCGAACCGACCUUGUGGUGUUUAACGUUAUCAAGUUUGAAUCAAGAAUCUUAAAACCAAAUAAACUAUGCAGCAUGGACACCGAAUUAAUGCCAAUAAAUUUACAAUUUUGAACUUGUCAUAUUUCUCUUUCUUGCGAAGUCACUGUUGAGUGUAAAUGGAAUGAAAGUUAACUCGUCGUGGUUUAGCAUCUCUUUCUAUCUAUUCUUCACUAUAUAUUUAGGAAUGUAACUUAGGUUACUUUAUUGGCUUCAAUUUUGUAUUCACGGUACCUUAUUGAUAUGGUUAUAGGUUUCUUAGUUCGAAUUCUAUUAUAUUGAGAGAUAGAUGGCGUUGCGCGUACGUUUCUUAGGUUCUAUACGAGUUUACAAAGUUGUAUAGGUACAAACUGUUUUCUCUGUAUAGACCUGAACUAUACAUCUAUAUCCAUGCGUACUAUAUAAAAAUGCACUUUAAAUAGUCAAUAUUAAAGCGCAAUUUCAUUGGCAUCGCUUACGGCCGGGUUUGUAUAUUUACUGUCGAAAAUCUUUAUAAUCUAAUAGAUAUUCGAUUUAUUUUUGAUACUUAAUUACCUAUUUGGAAAUUUUAUAGAUCAUUAUUAAUCGAACACUGCCUGUAUAGUGACAUCACAUGAGUGCAAUAAAGUUAAUAUCUAAGUGAUAGUGCGUGAUAUUCAAUAAUGUUUAUAAAUAGCAGCUAUGUCUGCGCGUACGCAUCGUAUUGUUUUUAAUUAUGUUUUAUAUUUUAGCGCCAUAUUUAUAAAUUAAAUAAGUGUGACAUCAAGAUAUAAGAUUUUUUUUUAUGUAGUGGACGACUUUUUAUUUACAAAUAAAAAUAAUAAGGUUUUUUUUUUUAACAGAAGAUGCUUUUAUUGAUAGGUCGUAAGAGCAGGAAGUAACAUAGUUUAAAAAUAUUCGAGACUUCAUACUAAAAGUAUUGGGUCUUGUUGGUUUUUUAAAUUUAUAUAUUUUUCUCUUUUUAAGGCCUCUAAAUUUGAGCAUCUUUAAUAUUUAUUAUUUUAUUGUAUUUUUUUUUUUUUUGAAUUAGUAUUUAACUAUGAAAUAGGGAUGUGUAAUAAUAUAUUCAUCACGUACACAUGGCGGUGUUAUUUUUAAUAAUUUAUACUUAAAGGUUUAAAAAUCAUAAUUGCCUUAAACAGUCAAUAUUUCAUUAUUACAUAUUGAUAGAUCUUGAACACUGGUUAAUCCAACACUUUCUAUGUUUGAUAAGAUUUUAAGCAUUAAUUAUUCAUUCCGAUUCUUUAUGUAACCAAAUGUCGUCAGCAUAAAUUGCAGUUUUCUCUAACUGAUAUGUAUUACAUGCUGUCUCACUGAUCGGUGUGUGUAGUGACUGGUUAGAUGUUAGUGGGCGUUACUGUAGUAAGCGUGAUGGCGUUCGGUUCGGUGGUCGCGGUGUCGGAAGGUCGUGGUCCGCGUUGACAAGUUGCGUGUUGCGUUACACGUUUCGGCGUGUCGCGGUACGGUGUAGCGACGUCGCUCUGGCGGCGUCUAGAACAAAGCUCGGCAGUGGUCGCCUAGUGUUCGGCGAUCGCGAUUAGGUUAAUGUGACAUUGUGUGUACCAACAAACAUCUCAGCGAGACUUAUAAAUCCCCCCCCCCCCCUUCCCCUCCAAAGUUGUCCUAUUCCGUUUUUUUUUUAUAUAUAUAUAUAAACGUCUCUGUACGUUAGUCGUGAUUUCGUAGCGUAGUGUAAGUCUUGAGUUUUUAUAAAUGUUCUCCGCAGUGCCCGCCAGCGGACAUCCCCUCUAUAUAUUAAGUAGGUUACGUGAAGGUCGAGACCCCUCCCCCCAUUUGUUUUAAUUCACAAAUUUAUCAUUAGUUUAUAAGAUUUGACUUCGUUGGUAGAAAGCAGUAUUCACCUAGAGAGUGGUCCGAUCAAAAUUACGAAUGUUAGUUGCAUUUUAUUUUUAGAUUUAGUAAGUUUUAAUUGAUGAUCCGGGGGUGUCCGACGGUGGACAGCGUCCCUUAACGAAUAGCGGGUAGCAUACUGACGUAGUACAAAUGUAUGUGUGAGUGUUGGUAUAUUUCUCGAGUGAUGUCUUGUAGACUUGGUUGUAGUCCAUCUCUGACUUUGCAAAUGACGGAUGCGACGUUGCCAUGUUUUGUGGACAGUAAUUAGUGAAUCGCGAGACGGACAAAUGGAUUGAUUCAAACUAUCGUGUUUAAUGUAAUCAUUUGAUGCCAACAAAAAGUUUGUCAAAUAGUAAUGUACAAUUUGGAUUUAUAUACUGUUAUAAUUUAAAUAAAAACGGUUUCAUAGUUCAAAUUAAGUUUCACAUACUAACAAUUAUUAAAAAUGUUAGAAAUUUUUACAGUAAAAAUUAACUCUUCAAAGGUGUCGUGAAGACGUCAAAUGACGCAUUAUCAAAAAUAUUAACUUUCAAAUAAAAACUCCUUUACAAAUGAAACGUGUAAAAUAAUGAAUGUUUGACCAACUUCUGAAACCACUACAAAAGGUCACAAUCACGUGGAUUGUGUGACCUUUUGUAGUGGUUUCACUCACCACCGGUGGAUUGAAUCACUGCGUAAAUUUCAAUCAUUUAUUUGAUUUAUCUGUCUCGCGUUCUCCUAAGAUUGUUCGUCGUGACAUGCUCCGAGGUCGUAGCGCUAGUAGGCGUGGUGUCGGCGCGCGAGCCACGUCGAUCGGGGGGUUAAAAAAGCGGCUUUACGCGAAUCGUUUUAUAUUUCGUGCUAAGCAGAUUUUUCAACCCUCAGAUAGCUUGUCCUAGUCAUGCACUGAGAUUGGCAGCUGUUUCGGCUGUAUGCAGACCUGCUUUGGUCCCAAUACAACGGAACGUAAACGACCAAUCGCAGGCACACAGUCCUCGUUGUGAAGCGUUAGUUGUCGAGUAGUGAUAUUUACAAUGUGACAAAUCAUCUUAAAUAAAUUUUGGACCACUGCAUAGUUGUAACUACGCUUAUAUAUUGUCCUCCCCCAUUGGAAUAAUUUAUAAUCGAAUAAUUAAUUUUGAAUAUUUUUUAUUAAAUUAUAUUAUUAAUUAUUAUUAUUAUUAUGUAUAUCAAUCGAUAGGUGCUGUUGUAUUUAAUUUUUAAAUGUUACUAACGCAAUUGUGAUAGAAAUAACGUCUCUCUUGUAAUCUAUCGGGUGAAUGGAAAAAUUAUGCCAAAACAUGAAAAGGGUAUAUUAAACAUUACUUUUAGGAUAAAUGGAGUUAAAAUGAAGUUUUAUACUAAUCAAAUUUUACUACUGACACUGUAUAAUUUUCUAAGUACAGAUAGUUUUAAAAAUCAUAUCAUGAUGAUCUUGUUCUAGAGUUUGUGUAAAAUAGUGUAGGAUAUUAAGACUGUCGUCAUGUGCGGGGCUUGGUAUUCUUUUACACCUUUGAUAGUACAAACAUCACAAUAUCUGAAGACAAUUGGCGAGCGAUUUUAUUGCUAAAUACAGUUACACUUCAGUAUUGGCGAAGUGAAAUUAAUUAUUUUGUAGAUCACGUAUGUUUUUUUCAUUGAUUUUUAAUGUGUUGUCCCAUUGUAUUGAGUUGUAAAAUGUUUCGUAAAUGUAAAUAUUUUUUUCGUUAGUCUAAGGCGUGAACGUAUUUAGAAAUAGAAUCGAUGUCGCCUAUCAGGGCCUUCAGAAUGAUUAAGCUAUUUACAAGUGUCAAGCGUGAAAGAAUUCCAGGUCGCAGCGUUUCAAUUUGCCUUUAUUGUGCUCUACAAUCGGAAUGUAUAAAUUUAAAUGACGCUAAUAUACACUAGUGACGCUAGUAACCACUAAUGACACUACUAUUUACUGGUGACUCUAGUAAAUAUUAGUGAUAAUAGGAUAGUGUCCCUAGUGACGCUAGAUUCCACUAGUGAUGUUAAUAUUAACAAGUCAUCCUAGUUAACCACUAAUGACACUAGUAUUUACUAAUGACGCUAGUAACUACUAUUGAUGCUAGACUAUACUAGCACCAAGGACACUAGUCCCUAGUGACGCUAGUAUUUACUAAUGGCGCUAGUAACCACUAGGGAGUUAGUAACACUAGUAUUCACUGGUGACACUAGUAAUCCCCCAAAAUUCCACUGUUUCUACAUAAUAAAUUGCAUUUAUAAUUUCCUUUUUUUGCAUAAUAACAGUAAUUUUCAAUAUACAUAGAAUACAAUACAGUUAAAGAAGUGGUAAUAUUUGGCUUUACUGAAUCAGACUGUAUUCUGAGUCAUACUUACGCGCAAUAAAAAAAAAUACAGUUUUAAAUAAAGAACACUCCCGUAUUAUUAGAUGCAUAGUUGACUCAGUAUUCAAACAAAUCAAAGGAACACUACGAUGCGUAAGUAUCGCUUAUGAAUAACGAGAGCUUUAUUGUAACAAGUUUAUCUUAUUUGUAGUUGAACAUAUAUGAUCUCUUUAUUUUUAAUAGGAUUUUGAUGGACAUUUUUACUUAAUAGUUGUAGCAGUGUGUAGUAUUGAAAUAGUGGAAUUAUGAUCGCACAUGUUUGUUUAUAUAAAUAUGAUUGGUGUGCGAAGUAAAUUCGUCGCUGUGGACAUUGUGUUGUGUAAAAAAUAUUUUGUCGAUUUAUUUUUCUUCUAUUUCUUCACUGUAGUUAACAGACAUACUGAUAUUUUAUUACAUAUUUCCGAUAUUAAGCUGCAUCCAGAUAUGUGUAAUUUGCAAUGUAUAUUACCUUAGAUCAUAUAAUAAUUAAUUGGUCGCGAACAUUCUCGUGUAGUAUAACCAUGUUUCCCGCAUAUUACAGACGUCUGGAAGCGACUUAGCCAUCCAGUAAGAACAUAGAUUAUUAUAAAAAAAUUACAACAAACAUUACAAUAUUUUAGACUUCAAAGGCACACAUAUACGGUAAUGCUAAAAACAUUGCAGUAUAUGCCUCACAGCUCAAAUUGUUCCCCAAUUGUAAACCAUCAAGAAAUAUUUGUAUAGUUGUUUAGUUUUUUAUAAACCACCAAUUUUAUAUCAUUUAAGUUCUUGCACUGUAUAUUAAUUAUUUUACAAAACUGAUACCAUCCAAACUGUAUAAUUUCUUUCAUAUACUUGCACCGUUGGAACUUCUCAAAAAGGCAUUAAUUUUUCAAGAACAAAUUUAGUGUAUUCUAUUCACUGUUCCGUUAGGAGUAUUAAGUAUUUGUUUGUACAUAUUAUUUGUAUUGUCUUCAAUUGAAAUUUCAUGUAUGUGUAAUGUGAAUAUGUGAUAAUUUAUUGUAACAACAAACUACUCUCCCCCCUACUCUUCACGCAGCCAAAUGAUGUCCCCACGGGCUAAGUUUUGACAGGUUAAACAUUGGUGGCGUCAUGUUAGGCCUUUGAAAUAGGCCGCCGUAAAGUUGCUUUUUUUUUAUGAAAUAUCCGUCACAGACAUAAAUUUAAAUAGAUGUAGCAAGAAACUAUUUUUUUUUAAUACAUGUUCCACAAUUGGAAUAUAUAAAUUUAAACGAUCCUAGUAUACACUCUACAAUUUAUUAGUAGCAUUAAGAUUCAUGCUAGUUGCACAAGUCAUGCUAAUUGAAACUAGUAUCAUUCCUAAAUUCUGUGCUUCGCAAAUGCAUAGAAUAACAUACUAAACUCAAAAGAGCAUAUAGCCUUCUCUCUGUCGAUGGUUGAAUUUCCGUUAGAAGUUCCCAUAUAAUUUCUGUUCAAAAUUUAAAAGAUUGAUAAACAUUAAAGCAAUAUUUUAGAAAAGUUUUGAUAAAGACGUGGCUUUGCUACAAUAUCUGAAUAGAGUUUGUGAGUAGUAAAAUGUGGCGCCCUUAUAAAGGAAUUGUGACUUCUAUUUCCCAUGUAUAUCGAUGGAUCUGGCCUUUCACCUUUCCCUAUCGUAUCGCAACCCGUAUCUUAACCCGUCAGAAAUUCAGUGGGACCCCAAUUAAUCACCAGCGUAUCUCGACCGGGAAGUUUCAACCGUGCGUGUGCGCAUUGACAUUUUGGAUAGUGUUUCGAAUUUACCACGAGAAGCCUUCAUGUUGUCUGUACAUUUUAUUUGUAAAUAUGUAACUUCGAUAACAAUUAAUGCUAAACAACGAGCGAGCCGUCGCAUAUUGUCAGCCGUUUGGACUUCUGCGCACACAGACAACCAACAGACGCAAUACAGUUUAGUGUUAAUAUAAAGUAAGGUGUACCACAGACAUUCCACAGGCCCUAUCGAAUUAGCUCAAUGCAAAAGACUGUUUGAGACUUUAAAAAAAAAAUAAUGAUAUCAUGAUAACGAAAAAAAAAAAUAUUUUCUGAAUCACCUUAACGACUUUACAAAAUGUGUUUGAUUUAAUAAUAAGAUCCAAUGUAUAACUCACUAGUAUGUAAGGACAAAUGCUUUACGUCACUGUGAUAGACAAUAUAAAUUUAUCCGAGAGAGACACCAUAGACAAUUAUGAGGCAAUUAUUAAGGGGAAUUAGAAAAUUGUAAUGUAAAAAGGAAUGUUGCAGUUACUCUCAGUAGAACGGGCGCGACUCGAUUUCGUAAUAUUUCACAUCUUUCGCGUAAUCUCAACGCGGUAUUCUACCAAGUCAUAUUCAUUUUAUUAUCAUUGUUAUUUUAUAAGAAGAAAAAAGAAUUCUCUUAAAUAUUCCACAGUAAUGCUAACAUUGGGUUCAAAAUGUACUAUAAAUAGUAAAUAUUUUAAAGGCGACAGAAAAAUAUGAUUACAAUUUUACUUUUUUUUUUAUAUAUAUAUGACUUUCUAUAUACAUGAUUGAUUAUUCUUUAAAGUAUAUUUUGUACACAGUUUUAACAUGGCUAUGAUUUUACUUUUUAAUAUCAUUAAGAAAAAAAUGGAAAAUUACGAAACAGGUCAGCCAUUUAAAAGCAAUAUUUAGAUGAUCCAAUAGCAACAGUACUUGAAUAGUCAUAUUCUUACUUAUAUUUAGUGUUAUUUUUAAACUUUCGUAUUUAGUACACAUUGUUGAUAUGAUUUGGCGGAUCUUAACACGAAUUAUUUAAUUUUAAACAAAUGUAAAAUACACUAGCCACGAUUAAAUGAGUGUGGUAAAUACUUUAUUAUCAAUCCCAUCAAUCCAAUUUGCGAAAUCGAGUAGCAAACCGUUCAUAUAAAAUGUAAUAUCAAGUACAAAGCGUAUGUGCAGAAGUUCGUUCUCGGCUCGAAGCAGUGUUCGAGCGGCCAGUAGCGCGUGCAUGUGUGCGUGUAUGUGUACGUGCCGACAGCGGCACUUGUUGGUGUGCGGCCGCGCGGCCCGACUCUCGCGUCUCGCUGUUCUGUUUGUUGACACAUUAUGUAUAUUUGAAUGAAUCAAAUUAUAAGAGAAUAUGAAUUUUAA